AAAGUUUUCUUUUUCAUUUUAAUUUUGCUUUCUAGGUCGGCUUUUAAAUGUCUAAGAGGGUAAUUUUUCUUUACCCUAGUCGUGAACAGUUGGCACCUGGCAUCACAUUCCUGUAUAAAUAGCCAGGCAGUGGCAUUUGUAUCCUCUGCACAUGUGCUAACUACUUAGCCAGAAGCAGUGAUGGAAAGCACAAACAACGAGUUGCACUUCGUUUUCAUGAAUUAUGAUCCUGAAUAUGAGCGCCUUCGAUCCAGCAGAACGAAGAGGGGAGCGCAUGAACUUCAUUUGUACUUAAGCAAGAAGCACGAUGAUUUGUUGGCGAAUACCCUCGAACCUGGCAGCUACAAGAAGACUCUGUCAUUGGUCAUCGUUGACGGGUUCGCGGUAGAAAUCACUGAUGAUCAAGCAAAUGUGCUUAGAUCUGCUAAAGAUGUCAGGCUUGUGGAGAAAAAUCAAGAGCUUGCUUGAUGCUAAACAUGUGGAAAACACUACUAUUUCAUGCUGCUCUUCGUAGGUAGCACACUUUAGUGCUCUUUCAUCAUUGCAGGUAGAAGUUAUGGGAAAACAAGUACGAGAAGGCGUAGUAUAAGAUACUAGGGUUUUAUGAUGCAAGAUUGGGUGGAAGUGUUGAGCAUUGUAAGUGAUGAGCAGGCACUAAGGACUAGGAUAUUUCUCUUUGGAGAUAAUUUUACUGCCUGUCCUUCGGCCUUCUCCUACGGUGAAGUCUGUUCCUUUAAUUUUUUUUUUUUUUUGGGUGCUCUUGGUGUAAUUAUUAGAAAUCAUAACAUGAUAGUUAUCGUCUACAAUCUGGGAUCUGGAGCUCAUAUCUAACAGUUCUUCUA